UCGAUCUACGGGCAACAUGUUGCUUCGUUUGCUUCGAAACAAACAAACAGACCAUUUUGAAAGUGACAUUGUUUCUUAAAAUAAUUUGUUUGGGAACUCAUCGAAUGGGUGUCCCUGAAAUGUGAAGUUCCUAUUCUUUGCCUAGUCUUAAACCGUUUCCUGAUGGGUGUUCAGAAUAUGAUUUUCACAGAGAAUGAAAAUUCAUAAACUUGAGGUGUCGCCGUGAGCCGCUCAAUGUUUGGAGUAAGUACGUAGGCUGCGGCUGGUCGGAGCCAACAGAGCACUCUUUGAGGUGAUAUGGAGGUCCUCAGCGCGCCCCCAGAGGGCGGGCGCCCGCCCUCCCCCAAGCCGGCGGACGACACGGCGGAGGAAGACGCCAAGCUGAACGUCGUCAUGCCGCCCGAGACCCUGGCGGCCGAGCAGGUGUACUCGUACUUCACGAUCCUGAGCAUGGACGGGCGCAGCCGGGGCCGGCUCGGGCAGCCCGAGGGGCGGCCCUUGUCCAGGAAGCUCCACCCGUGCGCCGACUGCGGCAGGCGCUUCGUCACGAGCAGCAACCUGAGCCGGCACCGGCGCAUGCACCGCCUGGCCGCGGAGGGCGGCGGCGAGCGCUGCUCCCUGUGCGGCAAGCUGUACCUGAGCGCGUCCGCGCUGCAGAUGCACAUGCUCACGCACCGGCCGCGGCACGCCUGCGGCGUGUGCGGCAGGCUCUUCUCGCGGCUGUGGAGCGUCAAGUGCCACUUGCGCUCGCACACCAACGAGAGGUCCUACGUGUGCGCGCACUGCGGCAAGAAGUUCGCCGACCGCGCCAACCUGCGCGCGCACCUGCAGACUCACAUGCGCAAGAUGGGCGUCCCGCGGCACGGCCCCGCGUCCGCCCUGCUCGCCCCCUGCCCGAUCUGCCAGAGGACGUUCUCGCUCAGGGUCUACCUCACCAAGCACCUCCUGUACUGUCUCCAGGAGCAGAUCGACGUCGACGAGGACGAGUGUGGCAGCGCUGCGGGUGUACUUGACUUUGCGGGCGAGGUUAACGUAGCCGACCUUCUGGACAAAGUGACUGUAGCGGACAUUGCGGACGAAGAAAAUGUAGUGGAUAUUGUGGACAAAGGGAACGUAGUGGGCCUUGCGGAUGAAGUAAACGCAGUGGAUCUUGUGGACAAAGGGAACGUAGUGGACCUUGCGGAUGAAGUAAACGUAGUGGACGUAGUAGACAAAGUGCAUGUGGUGGACCUUGCCGACGAAGUAAACGUAGUGGACCUUGAGGAUGAGGACGAUGUAAACGUAGUGGACUAAAUGGACUUAGAAUCAGCAUCUAAGGUCAACUGUUUUCGUCAGGAUGGCGAAAAAAUGUAUUUGAGCGAACGAAUAAAUUUUUAAAGAUUUCGUUGA